CUACAAUCAGUCUGUGCAUGGACGUCGUUAUCGUCGUCUGACAAUUUUCGGGUUUGUUACAAAAGCUCCACGCCGCACACAAACACAGUUACGCGCGCCAACACACAUACAUGGCCACAUACUAAAUACCAAUCAACGGACACACGCGCGUCUUCGUAUGCUCGCACUAAAAUCGCUCUUCGCGGCUGCUCGUGUGCAGGUUAUAUGAAACAAGCUGCCGGCGUAUCAUAUACCGUGUGUGUGUGUGUGUGCGGGUUGUAUUCCUGCGGUUACAUUAAGUUCUAGCGUAUAUGCAUAAGUGUCGGCAAUAAGCAUGCGAAGCAUAACAAGAAAGCGAGCAGGCACAACAAGCUGAAGAAGAACUUGUAGAAUAAGUAGAAGCAGCUGUAACGGCGGCAGCAGUACAUUAGCAAUAUUAUCUCUCGUGAUUUGCACAACGCGCCCGCAAGACCCCGGCAUAUGCAUACGUAUGCGCCGCAUACGCCACUCGCCACCAACACACAGACGCAACGCCAGCGUCAGCGCCGGCGACUGCGUCGACAGCGCCCCAACGACAACGACUCCGACGAAGACGAAAAGGAAGUCUUCAGCUCCAUUCGGUUGUGCGCCGUCGUGCGGUACGGACGUCGAUUACGGUUUGCUAGUGGUGUUUUUGCAGAUACAAACACAAUAAACAAGAACAAUAAGUAAGCAAGAAAACUAGUAAAAAUUAUUAGCACGUCGCGCCAACUUUUGAUAUAUUGCGCUACUUAGCUUGCAUUAUUUUCAAAAUUUUUCAAAUUUCGCCUGGCGUUGACAUUAGAUUUUCCAAGUGAACCAACCGCGGACAGACGGCGAACAGCGAAAUGGGGUCGCAGGUACCCCAAAGCGGUGCGAGCGCCGCGAGGCGAACGCUGUGGAGUGCCUCGAUGAUCUUCAAGCUUGUGGCAGUGCUACUGAUAUUGCAUGCCACAUGUGGCACCUACCACACGGCAACGGCUAAGCAACUGAGCAAUGCCGAACUCAACAUCGACGACACCUUCUACAUUGAUCAAUUUGAGGAAGCACCGGCUGUCAAUUCCAAAUUGCUGCUGGUGCGCAACGAACGCGACCUUGACAAUGAGUCACUGCUAGAGGACGAACUGCAACCGAUUGCGGCCGAAGAAGAUGCCGACGCCGCCAGCAGUAGCUGGCUCGUGAAGGGCGUGAAACGUGUGCGUCGCGAACUGAGUCGUCUAUUUGGCAAAGCGGAAGACAAAUCCGCUGCCCAUCGUCAUCGAGCCAGCGAAGGCACAAAAAAUAAGCACGUCAAGCACCAUAAGGUGCACGGUGGCGAUGACAAAAAGCAUCAUAACAAACACCAGCUCCAUGGCAAACAUCGUGCACACCGUUUGCUGCAGCGACAACGGUCGGAGGGCAACGAACACGAAAAUUCGGAGCAACAGGGGAAGCAAAUGAAGAAACUGGCAAAGAAACACUCGAAACGGCAAAGCGAAUACGAUGGUCCUGGUUCUGGAGAUGGUGACGAAGACUUUGCAGAUUCGGAGCUAUGGCGUACGUAUUUUAUCAUUAGAGAACCGUGGAUCGAUGCUUAUGCCAAUCAAAGGAGUAACGAGUUUUUGGAUACAUACCGCCAGUUGGAGAUCGCUUUCCGCGAACUAUUCCAUGCCACGUACAACGAUGAAGAUUUUGAAAUAAAUCCAAAAUUGAAGUCCAUAAGCCGCAGCAAUGAUGACUACAAAGUUUACGUACUCGUUGAGCUGGCACUACCGAUAGGUAACACUGAUUUCAAAAAUGUCUUCGAAACGCAAAUUGCCAGUUUCCAUCGUCUGGGUAGCUUAGGCGUCGAGUCUGAUGAACACUUUUUAUUCAAGCGUGUUGCCGAAUUAGAAGACCCUGAGGGCGAGGCCAUUUAUUUCCCAGCAAAAGAGUAUGAUGGUGAAGGCGGUGACGAAUUUGCUUCUGCUUACGAAUGUGAACCAGAAAUCGGAUUUAGGUGUGCUGAUGGUUCGUCCAUUGCUUGUGAAAGUCUGUGUAACAAUCAGCUAGAUUGCUACAAUGGUGACGAUGAGGAUGAGGUGUUUUGCGAAGAGCGCCGGCAAGGUGAAAUUCGUCAGAAAGCUGAAGAAGUAGAGCAAAAGAGGCGUGAACAAGAGGAAGAAGCACGUCGCCAAGCUGAGGAAGAAGACAGAGCAAACAAAUUGGCUGAAAAAGAAGAAGAGGAGCGUCGCCUUGCUGAAGAGAGGCGUCAACAAGAAGAAGAAGAGCAACGGCAAGCUGAAGAGAAGCGUCAACAAGAAGAAGACAAGCAACGACAAGCUGAAGAGAAGCGUCAACAAGAAGAAGACGAGCAACGACAAGCUGAAGAAAAGCGUCAACAAGAAGAAGAUGAACGUCGUCGCGUACCAUAUGACCCUUAUGGCACAUAUCCGGAUAAAGAAGAUAACCUCUUCACACCAUAUCCAACAGGGGAGGAGAAUGAUGUGGAAUAUGAGGAAGAGACGCGUCGUCGUAAUGAAGAAGAACGUGCACGUGUCGAACAGGAAGAAGAGGAUCGUCGCCUUGCUGAAGAGAGGCGUCAACAAGAAGAAGAAGAGCAACGGCAAGCUGAAGAGAGGCGUCAACAAGAAGAAUACGAGCAACGGCAAGCUGAAUUGGAACGUCGCCGUGCCGAGGAAAGACAGCAAGAAGAAGAGUAUCGACGUGCUGAAGAACAACGCAGACUGGCCGAAGAAGCAGAAGCGCGUCGUCGUUAUGACGAAGCAUAUGAAGCAGAGCAGCGCGCUCGAGAAGACGCAACAGGACGAGACCCCUACGAAGAACCCGAAGAACCCGAAUCGCCAACAGAAGCGCCUGAAGUGUCCGAAACCGACGAGCCGAUACGUAAUCCCAUCUUCGACGAGGGUUCCGGUGAUGAUGAUGGCAUUUCAACCGAUCGUUCGACAGUCUUUACGGCCGCCGGUUGCCGCGGCGAUGCCACAUUUACUUGCCAAAAAUCUGGUUACCGCAUCUGCGACGAACAACGCUGUGACGAACGCGAAGACUGUCCCGACGGUGAGGACGAAAAAGAUUGUGGCUUUAUAUCCGGAGGAUUUGAUGACCAAGAGGGCAAUGUUGGGGGCGGCGAUGAGAAUGUGGCUGGUAAAGGCGAAGAUGAUGGAGGCUAUGAACAUGUGUGUUCCGAUGACGAGUUCAAAUGCGACGGUCAAUGUAUACCGUUGGAGUAUAGGUGCAAUGGCAGGGAGGAGUGCGUUGACGCCACCGACGAGCUGGACUGUCCAGUGUCUAACACCGAAGGCUACAACAAUAACACAUGCCUCGAAAAUAUUGAGUUCGCGUGCCGCAACGGCGAUUGCAUACCAAUCGAGAGCGUUUGUGACGGCGCUGCCGAUUGUAAGCAGCGCGAAGACGAAGACUACAGUUUAUGCAACUGCAGCAGCGAUAAGUGGAAAUGUUUGCGCGGCGGCGGUUGCAUAGCCAAAACUCAAGUCUGCGACGGCAAGCGACAGUGCAAGGACGGCAGCGACGAGAGCAUUUGCCAUUUCGAGCCGGAUCCCGCGCUCAGCGAAUGCGAUAUUUACGAAUUUGAGUGCGACUACUCGCGUUGUAUACCAAUUGAGAAGAAAUGCGACGGUUACCCGGAUUGCGAUGACGAAACUGAUGAAUUACAAUGUCCGCCGUUUACAGAGCAUUGCCACGAAAACGAGUUCGAAUGCGAUGAAAAUUAUUGCAUACUACGCGAUCAACAAUGCAACGGUAUAGUCAAUUGCAAUGAUGGAACCGAUGAGCAAAAUUGCACAUUUUGUCGCGACAAAGCUUUUCUCUGCCUCACCGGCGAAUGCAUUUUGCCACAACAGCGCUGCAACGGUCAUCCCGAUUGCAUCGAUGCCAGCGAUGAACAGAACUGCGAACGAGCAACUGUAACGGCAAAAAUCGAAUGUCCACGACUGAAAUUCCUGUGUAACGGUACCUGCGUCGAUUGGAGUCUGUAUUGCAAUGGCAAAAUUGACUGCGACGAUGAACAAGAUGAAAAAAACUGCGCUGGCACAGAACAUGAAAACGAUUUAAUAGCGUACGUGUCGAAUAAGACCUGCCUUGCCUACCAGUGGCAGUGCGGCAACUACCAGUGUAUAAACAAAGAUUAUCUGUGUGACGGGCGCGUCGAUUGCAUAGACGGAUCGGACGAGUCGCCCAGGCAAUGCAGCAAAAAGGUUGCAACGCGCCACACACCGGAGGACUGCACGGCCGAUCAGCAUUUUUGCGACGACGAAUGUCAUGCGGACUCGAUACGUUGCAACAAUGUUAGAGAGUGCACGGACGGCAGCGACGAGCUAAACUGUACACCAUAUCCGCCCACACGACCACGCCCAUUGCCCAGCUACCCAUGCCCGAUACAUACAUGUCCGAACGGCAAAUGCUACUCGGAGAGUGAACGUUGCGAUGGCUCACGCGACUGUGACGAUGGCGCCGAUGAGGCAAAUUGUUGCGCUGCCAAUCAGUUCCGUUGUCGCAAUGGUGACUGCGUUUCGGGUAACGCCCAGUGCAAUGGCUAUCAGGACUGCCGCGACGGUUCGGACGAGGAGGACUGCGCUGAGCCGCCCUAUGUUGUGCCCUGCUCCGGCUCGCAGUUCCGCUGCAACAAUGGACAGUGCAUAAAUGCGGCGGCGCGCUGUGAUGGCUACACCGAUUGCGCGGACAGCUCCGAUGAGAUUUCGUGCAGAGCUGUAGAUUUUCCAGCCUCAAAUCCAGAAUUGAACUUGAAAACAUACCCCGAUAGCCAGAUCAUCAAAGAAAGAUAUAUUAAGGAGGGUCGCGAGGUUAUCUUCCGUUGCCGUGACGAAGGCCCACUGCGCGCACGCGUCAAAUGGACACGCCCUGGUGGUCGUCCUCUACCGAUCGGCUCACGAGACAAUGGCGAUGGUCGUCUGGAAAUACCCAACAUCCGCGUUGAAGACUCCGGUCAAUAUAUUUGCGAGGCUGCAGGCUAUCCCCGUCAUGUCUCUGGACAACAAGUAACCGUACAUCUGACAGUGGAGAAAUUGAAUCCCGACAACGAACGUCCACCGACAGCUUGCCGUGCCUACCAGGCCACCUGCCGUGACAACCAAUGUAUUGAUAAGUCACAAAUUUGCGACGGUACUCCGCACUGCGCGGACGGUUCCGAUGAGGAGAGUUGCAGUCAUGGUCUUAAAUGCCAGCCCAAUCAGUUUAUGUGCCGCAACUCGCGCUGUAUUGAUCGCAUCUGGCGCUGUGACGGCGAAGACGAUUGCUUCGAUAAUUCAGAUGAGGACAGUUGCGACCCCGAGCCAAGUGGUGCACCAUGUCGCUACGAUGAAUUCCAAUGUCGCAGCGGUCAUUGCAUUCCCAAAAACUUCCAGUGUGACGACACAAAUGAUUGUAAGGAUGGUAGCGAUGAAAUCGGCUGCAUGGCUCCUGCCCCAAUUCGUCCACCGCCUCCAAGUGUACGUUUACAAUCGGGCGAACCCUUGAAUAUUACUUGUGUUGGCACCGGUGUACCAGUACCACUUAUCGUUUGGCGCCUGAACUGGGGUCACGUGCCCGAGAAAUGUGUCACGAAGAACUAUGGCGGCACAGCUACACUAUACUGCCCCAAUAUGGAAUCACAAGACCAAGGCGCCUACUCUUGCGAAAUACUCAACCCGAAAGGACGCAUUUUCGUUACACCUGAUACACAAGUGACAGUCGACACUCUGACAACCGCAGAUGUCUGUCCAGCUGGCUUCUUUAAUAUGCUCGCUCGUCGUCCAGAUGAAUGUAUCGACUGUUUCUGCUUUGGCAUAUCCAAGAUUUGCAAGAGUGCCAAUCUCUUUAACUUUGCCAUUCAACCACCAAUUUCUUCGCACAAGGUCAAGAAUGUAGAAUUGAAUCCGUAUGGUGACAUUAUCAUCAAUGAUGCACCAAUUCCCAAUAUCCUCAGUCGUCAUCAUGGUGUGCAGUUCCGCGUAUCCGAUGUGGGAUAUAACAGUCGUGAACAGCCUUACUUGGCACUGCCUAAUGAGUAUAUGGGCAAUCAGUUGAAAUCUUAUGGUGGCUAUCUGCGCUAUGAAGUCAAUUAUAUGGGCAAUGGACGUGCCAACAAUGCACCCGAUGUUAUAAUCACUGGCAAUGGUCUUACGCUAACACAACGCGUGCACAAUCAACCAGAGCCGAAUGUGAAGAACAAGAUUUCGGUACAAUUUAGUCCUGGUAAUUGGUACAAGACUGAUGGACGUCGUGCAACACGUGGUGAGGUCAUGAUGGUACUCGCUAAUGUGGACAACAUUCUCAUCCGUUUGAGCUACAUUGAUGCUACAGAACGUGAGGUUGAACUUACAAACAUCGUUAUGGACUCGGCUGGUCUUGAUGAUCAAGGCUUAGGCUCAGCUUCGUUGGUCGAGAAAUGUGUCUGCCCACCUGGCUACAUUGGUGACUCUUGCGAGUCGUGUGCUCCUGGUUAUGUGCGUGAGAAAUAUGGUCCCUGGUUGGGCCGCUGCGUACCUUUCGUACCAGAGCCUUGCCAACCAGGUACCUAUGGUGACCCUGCUCGUGGCAUACCAUGCCGUUCUUGCCCAUGUCCACAAACUGGUUCAAGCAACUUUGCCAGCGGUUGCCAAUUGAGUCCCGAUGGCGACGUAACUUGCGACUGUCUCGAAGGAUACACUGGCCGACGCUGUGAGAUCUGUGCUGCUGGUUAUCAAGGCAAUCCGCUGAUUCCUGGCGGCAGUUGCCAUCCAGUUCCAGAGAGCACAUGCAACGCUGAGGGCACUUACUAUCCACAUCCUAACGGCACAUGUGAAUGCAAGCCGUUAGUUAUCGGUCCACGUUGUGACACCUGUGCUCCCGAAUCCUUCCAUUUGAACAGCUUCACAUACACCGGUUGCAUCGAAUGCUUCUGCAGCGGUUUGACAAAGCAAUGUUCCAGCAGCAGCUGGUACCGCGAUCAGAUUUCUUCGAGCUUUGGACGUUCAAGCGCCCCACAUGGUUUCGAGUUGAUUCGCGACUACAAAGCCGCUCAGCCAUCUCAAGUUAAUUUCCAACAAUAUAAUAGCGCUUUGACUUUCAGCCAACAGUUGUCUCCCGACCCACUAUAUUGGAGCCUACCUGCACCAUUCCUUGGUGACAAGAUUACCGCCUAUGGUGGCAAACUAUCGUAUAAUCUCAGCUAUAACCCACUGCCAGGUGGACUUAUGUCCCGCAACACAGCACCCGAUGUUGUCAUCAGCGGUGAGGAUAUAACUAUUAUUCACUACCGCAAAGCCGGUGUGAACCCCAGCCAACCCAGCUCGUACUCCGUGCCGAUCAUUGAAAGCGCCUGGCAACGUCCUGAUGGCCAAGUGGUCAAUCGUGAACACUUGUUGAUGGCACUUUCGAAAAUUGAUGCGAUCUACAUCAAGGCCACCUACACCACCAGCACCAAAGACGGCCAAUUAACGCAAGUUUCACUGGAUAUUGCUACAUCGAAUAAUAUCGGAACACCACGUGCCUACGAAGUGGAAGAAUGUCGCUGCCCAGUUGGCUAUAUAGGACUUUCUUGUGAGCGUUGUGCGCCUGGUUACAAACGUCUCAGCGAAGGAGGACUUUACUUAGGCGUUUGCAUUCCGUGCGAAUGUAAUGGCCACUCAGACCAAUGCGACGCCGAGUCUGGCACAUGUAUCAACUGCGAACACAAUACCGCUGGUGAAUUCUGCGAUCGCUGUGCUCCAGGUUAUGUCGGCAAUGCUUCCGGUGGUACACCAAACGACUGCUCGCCCGAUUAUGAUGAGCCCUACCCACCACCGGCGCCCGAUAAUCAGACAGUUGAAUGUGCCUACUGCAACCGCGACGGUACCGCCUCCUGCAGUGGCUAUUGUGCAUGCAAGCCCAAUGUAAUUGGUACAUACUGUGAUCAGUGUCGCCCGGGCACUUAUGGCCUAUCCGAGCGCAACCCCGAUGGCUGUGAGGAGUGCUAUUGUUCUGGCAAGAGCACAAAGUGCAAUUCAGCUGUAUUAUACCGCCAACUUAUACCUGUCGAUUUCUUCAACUACAAACCGCUGCUCACAGAUGAUGAAGGAAGCAUAGUAGAUGAGGAGAAUCUAAGCUUUGACAUACCUACAAACAUGUUCACCUACAACUACAACUCGUAUACACAAAAGUACUGGAGCAUACGCGGCUCAGUAUUAGGCAAUCAGCUCUACUCAUAUGGCGGACAUCUAUCAUACAGGCUGGAUGUAGAGAGUUACGGCAACAGUGUACCCGGCAGUGAUGUUAUACUCAUUGGUAAUGGCAUGAAAUUGGUUUGGUCAAAACCACGCGAGGAGCAAGAUAAUAGCGAAUACAGUGUACGCUUGCACGAAGACGAAAAUUGGCAACGAAAAGAGUUCGGUCGCUCUGUAAAUGCGGGACGUUUGGACUUCAUGAACGUGCUAUCCAACUUGGAACACAUUCUUAUACGCGCCACACCCAAGAUACCAACAACACGCACAAGCAUACGCGAUGUAACACUGGAGUCGGCCGUCGAGCAUCGCACACCCGAUGCACAACAAGCCAUCGAGGUAGAAGUCUGUGCCUGCCCAGCCGGCUACUCGGGCACCUCCUGCGAAAAGUGCGAACCACUACAUUACAAGGACAACUAUGGCAGCUGCGUCGCCUGUCCUUGCCGUGAAGAUACCACCGACUCCUGUUUCCUGCAGGACAACGAAGUGACUUGCAGAUGCAAGCCGGGUUACUCCGGUCAACAAUGUCAGAUAGAUGAUGGCUACGCACGACCGGAACCACCGAAGCCAGUGUCCACACCGCUGCCAGAUUACCAAACGCAGAUUACCGUAUCGAUUGCACCGCCUGAAAUCACCAUCAUACCGAUCGGUGGCUCACUGACUUUGAGCUGCAGCGGUCGUAUGGCUUGGAAUGGCGUGCCUGUGUUCGUGUCAUGGUUCAAACUGGGCGGUCGUCUGCCGAACAGCGCCGAAGAGGAUGGCGGCGUAUUGCGUUUAUACAAUCUACAAAUAUACGACUCCGGUGUGUAUGUCUGCCGUGCGGUGAAUAACGAGACGAAACGCGUUUUCGAAGAUCAGAUUUCCAUAACCAUUACAGAGGAUUCACAACGCACACCGUCACAGAUCGUCAACCUGCCGCAAGUGGUCACAUUCGAGGAAUACCAGCGCAACGAAAUCUAUUGCGAGGUGAGUGGUAAUCCAACACCAACAGUCACCUGGGCCCGUGUCGAAGGUCAUAUGUCGCUCGAAGCACGCACAGAGGAUACCCGCCUCAUCUUCGAAGCGCCACGCAAAUCUGACGAAGGCCGCUACCGCUGUCGUGCCGCCAACGAGAACGGCGUCGAUGAAAAGUACACACAGGUUUAUGUGCGCAUCGCGCCACCUGUAGCACCACCACCACCACGCGAACUUAUUUACAUCGACCCGCCAUCAUACACCGGCGAGGCGGGACUUUUAGUACGUCUCACCUGCCAGCCGACCACCUCUAUCUCGCUCAUCUAUGAGUGGAACAAAGACGGUUAUCCACUGUAUCGCCAACGUAAUGUCAUUAUCAGCGGAAACACCAUUGAAAUACGUGACUCUACACCACGUGAUUCAGGUCUCUACACUUGCAUCGGCAUUGAUUUGCGCGGUCGACGCAACUACACGAAUGACGCACAAGUAUUGAUCGAAGAUAGCGGCUAUCCAGCGCCGGGACCGUAUCCAGGUCCGGGACCCUAUCCAGGACCACAGCCGGGCACCGUCGAGCCGGUUGUAAAACGCUUGCCCGAACAGAACCGCAUCAUACAAGGACAAGAUUUCUCUAUCACCUGUGAGGCCACCGGUUCGCCCUACCCAAGCAUCAAAUGGACCAAGGUUCACGAGGCACUUGCUGACAAUGUGCAACAAACCGGCAAUGUUCUGCGCAUCAUUAAUGCCCGUCCUGAGAACCGCGGCAUGUACUUGUGUAUCGCUGAGAAUGUUGCGGGCUCUGAUGAAUCAAACACUAUUAUCGACGUUGAACCACGUGAGAGCCCAACCAUAGACGUAUACCCAGCCGGUCCACAAUCAGUUCCUGUUGGCACUGAGGCUAUGCUUUACUGCAGUGGCACUGGUAUUCCCGAUCCUAGUGUACAGUGGCGUCGCGUUGACGGCAAACCCUUGUCGCCGCGCUGCCAGGAAAUCAGCCCCGGAUACAUAAUGAUCCGUGAAAUUCAAUUGGAAGACUCCGGCGAUUACGAAUGUACUGCGCAGAACGAUGUGGGACGUGUGACUGCAUUGCAAAAGGUGAUCGUUACGUCGGCACCCGUAAUCACACUUGAGCCGAACGACGAAUACUUGAGCUUAACUGAAGGUGAUGAACUCAAAGUGACCUGCAGCGCUACUGGUGUACCCAGCCCCAUAGUACAGUGGGUGGAUGAUACCACCGAGUUCAACCGCGGUUUGCCGCCCAGCCCACAACACAACCAAGCCUUCUUAGAGAAGUACCGUGUAGAUCGCAAUGACGCCAAGACAUACAAGUGCAUAGCGAGCAACGAAGCUGGCACCGUUGAGAGCUCUGUGACAGUAGAAGUACGCCCACGUCGCGGCGAUGCGCCACACGAUGGCGAUGUGAUACGUAAUCCUUACCCAAUUUAUCCACGCCCGCCACAGUAUGACCCACCACAGAAUAUUUAUCGCGCCAACAAGGGUGAAGCCGUAAGGCUAACUUGCGAUCUCGGUCCUGAGUUGAUGACACGUUGGCAGCGGGAAGACGGCCGUCCACUGCCACCAAACUCCUACUUGGAUCAAAGCAGCUUGAUCAUUACAGCAGUGGAGGAGCAAAACAGUGGCAAAUAUAUCUGCAAUGCGCUGGACAAUCGCGGCACCAUUGUUUCGUUCGUUAUAGCUGAACUGAUCUUAGUGCCUAUUCCCCAGAUCACCUUCCACCCGAACAUACCAAUUGUGGUAACGGUUAAUGACAACAUCGACGUCUACUGUGAAGUAACAGGCGAAGAGCCCAUCGAAGUGUCUUGGCACACCGACCACAAUCGCCCCUUGACGGACACUGCACGCAUCGAAGGACAGUACCUGCGCUUCAACGGUAUUACGCCAGCUGACGCAGGUCGCUACUACUGCUCGGCUUCCAACCGCUACGGCAACACCACGAAAAUGGCCGAGGUUACCGUUAACCGCCGCGGUCCCUACUUGCCAUCGCCACGUGCACAGACUUACAACAUACGCGAGGGUGACGACGUAACACUAGAUUGUGAUGUGCAGUCCGUUCGCGAAACGUUACGCGGCGAAAUCAGAUACGAAUGGCAUCGCGAAGACGGUCGACCACUGCCACGCAACGCUUUGGUACGCGAUCAACGACUCUAUCUGCGCGGUGUACAGAAGCCGGACGAAGGCCGCUACGUUUGCGAGUCCUAUUCGACGGGCGGCAGUCGCUCAGCACCAUCGUUUGUAGAUCUGAAUAUCAAGCGAGGUUACAGCAUAAGUGAGGUCCCUUGCGUCGUAUUUUAUAUCUGUACAGAUUUCAAAGCACCCAAAGCGCUCGUCUCCAAACCGCCCACGCGCCUCUCCUACGCUUGCCAACCGAACGACUUCAAGUGUGUCUCGCAUCCGCACACCUGCAUCAAAGCGUCAAUGGUGUGUGACGGCAUACACGAUUGCACAGAUCAUUCGGACGAAUUUAACUGUACGCCGCCACAGCCGCCUACCACAUUGUCGACGACACAAACAGCGUCAACGCCAACAGCAACAUCACUGCCAUCGCCAAUGAGUGCGCCACCCACGCACAAACCGCUGGCAACGCAAAAGCAGCCGCAGAAGCCAUCACAGAAGCCGGGCUACAAGCGCUGGAAGAAGCGUCACAGCAACCACAGCAGCCACAAGGAACGGCGCAAUAAUCACACACACAAGCGCAAGCAACGGUUGCGCCUGAAAAAGCGGCGCCAUCUGCUGCCAACGAACGUUUCCCGCUCACUCGCAAUAGCAGCGGCAGUGCCAACACCUCGUUUGCCCAUGUUACCACAAGCAUUACCGGAGCUUUCCAACCCACCUCCACCACAGCAGACCCACCCACGCGAUCGCAGUCUGAAGCUAGAUCAACAGUCGUCGCAAUUGCGCAUCGGCGAGUCGACAGAGGUCGAGUGUUAUUCCUCGGACAGCAGUUACACCGAUGUUGCAUGGGAACGUGCCGAUGGCUCGCCGCUACCACCGAAUAUACAGCAAAUCGGCAAUCGGCUCAUCAUCUCGCAUGUCUCCGCUUCCGAUGCUGGUGACUAUCGCUGCAAGUGCAAGACAGAUGAGGGCGAGCUGUACACCACCAGCUACACGCUUGGUAUCGAGGAGUGGCCGCACGAGUGGAAACGUCCGAAGUUGGUACAUGCUAAUGUCGGCUCAUCUGCCCAGCUGAACUGUGACGCGGAAGUGCCGGGCAUUUAUCGUUGGUCCCGCCAAUACGGUCAAAUGCAAGGUGAUCGCGAUCUGUACAACGAGCGACUGGAAUUACAAGAUGUGCAGGCAAAUGACGCCGGCACCUACAUUUGCACAUCAAGCACACCAGACGGACAGUCCGUCGAUUAUCCCGUCAUACUAGUGGUCACCGGAGCGAUUCCGCGUUUCCACCAAGAACCCGUCAGCUACAUGUCUUUCCCCACUUUGCCCGAAUCAUACAUCAAGUUCAACUUUGACAUUACAUUCCGUCCCGAGCAGCCUAACGGUCUGUUGCUGUUCAACGGCCAGAAGCGUGGUAGCGGCGACUAUAUUUCGCUCUCGCUAAAAGAUCGCUAUCCUGAGUUCCGUUUCGACUUCGACGGCAAACCAAUGGUCAUACGCUCUGAGCGUCCAGUUUCACUCAAUGAAUGGCACACAGUGCGCGUGAAUCGUUUCCGUCGCGAUGGCUAUAUACAGGUUGACGACCAGCACCCAGUCGCUUUCCCCACACUUGCGCAAAUCUCACCAUUAGAUCUCAUCGAAGACUUGUACAUCGGCGGCGUGCCUAACUGGGACAUGCUGCCACAUGAGGCUGUCGAUCAGCAAGUUGGCUUCGUUGGCUGCAUCAGUCGCCUUACUCUUCAAGGAACUAUCGUUGAGUUGAUGAAGGAAGCGAAACUGAAGGAGGGUGUCACCGCCUGCCGUCCAUGCCAGCAAAAUCCUUGCGAGAAUGGCGGCAUCUGCCUGGAGAGUCAAACAGAAGUGGCGUACACUUGCAUCUGCCAACAGGGCUGGACCGGACACAACUGUGGCGUCGAAGGCACGCAAUGCACCCCGGGUAUUUGUGGCAGCGGACGUUGUGAAAACACCGAAACCGGCAUGGAAUGCCUCUGUCCGCUGAACAAGACUGGCGAUCGUUGCCAGUAUAUUGAACAUUUGAAUGAGAACAGCUUGGCGUUCAAGCUUAACAGUUAUGCUGCCUAUCCAACUCCACGCGCCUCCAAACUUAAUGUAAAGUUCAAGGUGAGACCUAAUUCCCUGCAUGACGCAAUCCUACUAUACGCCGCCGAAUCUAAACUGCCCAGCGGCGACUUCAUUGCUGUACUGCUGCGCGACAAACAUGUUGAGCUAAUUAUCAACACCGGCGCGCGUCUGAAUCCUAUACUGGUGCGUUCACAGAAUCCGUUACCGGUUAACAAAUGGACCGAAAUUGAAAUAUCGCGUCGUUUCGGUGAAGGGGUCCUACGCGUUGGCAACGAACCAGAGCAACGAGCCAAGGCAACGAAGUUGGCGCGCAUGUUGUACAUAAAAACUCCGCUAUACGUGGGCGGCUAUGAUCACGAAAACGUCAAACUCAACCGAGACGUGAACAUUACACAAGGCUUCGAUGGCUGCAUCUCGGGCUUGUUCGAGGGUCAACGACAAAUCCACCUGAUUGCCGAUGUUAUCGAUGCAGCCAACAUCCAGAACUGUGGCGAAAUCAACGAGAUCGAUCAGAAUGAGUCCUUCGACAACUUCGAGCAAGAUGCCACAAAACUCCAGCCAGCGACGGGCACAGAGAGCAAAGCACAAAGUGAGAAAAUAGACCAACAAGUAGAUGCCUGCGCCAGCGACCCCUGCGAAAAUGGCGGAAGCUGCAGUGUGCACGACAGUGAAGCCGUUUGUGAUUGUCCAGUUGGCUUCACCGGCAAACACUGUGAAGAACACAUAACUCUCGUCUAUGAUGCCACCUUCCACGGCAACGGUUAUCUGGAGAUAAACCGCGAUUAUUUCAACUCGGACGUCGAUCAAAAAUACUCUUUCGCAGCGAUGGUAUUCUCCACAACCGAUCCCAAUGGCCUGCUGCUCUGGUGGGGCCAAAAGAAGGAUGAGGAAUAUACAGGACAAGACUUCAUGGCGUUAGCCAUAGUUGAUGGCACCGUGGAGUUCUCGUUCCGUCUCAACGGCGAGGAAACCGUCAUACGCAAUCCAGACAAGCGCAUCGACGAUGGCGGCCGCCACAUUGUGUUGAUUAAGCGAACGGACAACACUGCCGUACUAGAGUUGGAUCACCUGUUAGAUGCGGGCGAAACACGUCCGACCGGCAAGGACCAAAUGAGCCUACCCGGACAUGUGUUCAUUGGUGGCACGCCAGACGUAGCCAAAUUCACUGGCGGCCGCUACACCAAGAACUUCAACGGUUGCGUGCGCGUCGUGGAGGGCGAAGCGCGAGGCAUCAUACCAUUGGGCACCGCGGCCAUCAGCGGCCAAAAUGUGGAUACGUGUCCGCAAGCUGACGAUGAACAUCUUGGCACCGAACCACCAGUCGUUUGAGCAUAGCUUUUACAAUUAUAUAUAAUAUACAUAUUUUUUAUAAACACAAUUUGUUCUUAAGUUACAACAACAAAUCACACACACACACACACGAACAAGCAGAUUGUAGAAUUUGAGCGCCAAAAUGCAGUUGGCACGAACAAACACGAGACCACUGCGUGCAUGCGUGCCCACCAAACGGUUUUCUGCGUUUUCUCUAUACUCGUUUUGUAAUAAAUCUUAACUUAAGCGCACCAAUAACUUUAUAACAAAGUUAAUUGUAAUGAAAUAAUGUGUCAUAUAUUUUGCAAUAAUUUCUUAUGCAUAAGUUUAAUAAUUUUUAAAGUGAAGAAGAAGAAGAAGACGAAGAAGAAUAAUGCGAAAUUCCAAACACCAAUAAGUCGACUACACUCAAAAACUGCCCUUUCGGAGAUUCUUUUCAGUAGUAUUUAAAUUAAAAUUAUAGCGAAUGUAAACAAACUCACAACUAAUGUCAGCACAUAACUCGUAACGAAAAUUACCGUUAAUUUUUAGCGUAGGCAAACAAGUUGUCUCCUCGCUUACAAGUUAACCAGUGUGUUGAGAAAGAAUUGCGCUGCCAGCAAAGCCAGUUUUAUUUCGAAUUUAAUGCUCAAAUAAUUUCUUAGUUUGAAUGCGCGCUUGCAGUUAUUGAAGUGGAAGUAAAAACAAUGCCAGUCUAAUAUUAAUGAAUACUAACGCAUUAAAACAUUUCUAUGUAAUAAUUAAUUUUUCUACUUAUAUUUGUAUGUAAAUCGAAAAAAUUAAAGAAAGAAACAAAAAAAAAACAAGAAAAAACGAUAUAAUUAUCAUAAAGUAUGGCAAAUAAUUGUAUAAAGCGUUAAUAAGUCAAUAAAUUAUUAAUAUUAAAAUGUUAAUAUGAAUUAUUAUAAAAAUGA